CGUUGAGCUGAUUCGAUAGACAUACGUGGCGGAUAUCUAGAGAGACUAGAGAGAGAGAGGAAAAGAAGGAGUUUCGUCGUUCGUCAAUGGAGAUCUCUGCUGCGUCUGCUUCUCUAACUUCCUCUGGACUCGUUCCUCGACUUCUCCCUCCCUUGUUCUAUCCUCCUCAAGCUCGAACUACUUCCUGUGCACCAUUUUCCUCUGCUAAACUCAUUUCUCCUCCUCACAGACGUAUACCUCCCUCUCCCUGUCUCGCUGAUCAGUCUGCCUCCACCGGGGUCAAUGUUGUUGAUUCAGAUCCCAUUGAUGCUGUUAAGAGGAAAGCUAUAGACAUAUCCCCUCAACUCAAAGGAGCUUCAAUAUUUCUGGUUGGGAUUAAUAACCACAUUAAAACCAACUUGGGGAAGCUUUUGGCUGAGUCUUUACGAUAUUACUACUUUGAUAGUGAUAAGUUGAUCGCAGAGGCGGCUGGUGGAAAUACAUCUGUUCAAGCUUUGAAGGAGGCUGAUGAGAUGGCUUUUAAGGAAUCAGAGACAGAAGUGCUGAAGCAGCUAUCAUCUAUGGGUCGGCUUGUAGUUUGCGCUGGAGACGGUGCAGUCCAGAGCUUGACAAAUCUUGCACUUCUAAGACACGGGAUCUCCAUUUGGAUCGAUGUUCCUCUAGAAAUCGCAGCUAAAGGAGAUGAUCCAUUCAGCUCGGAACCUUCCCCUGAGUUGUAUGAGGCAUUAAAAGCAAAUUACGAAAAAUCAAGAAAGGGUUACGAUACAGCAGAUGCAGUUAUUUCCCUUGAGAGAAUAGCUACAAAGCUGGGAUGGGAAGACUUGGAAACAGUAACUUCUGAAGAGCUUGCUUUGGAGGCAAGUCUUAUGCUUUUUGAUUAUUACUCCCUCCGUUCCUAAAUAUAAGAGGUUCUAGCUUGUUGUUCAGGUCUUGAAAGAAAUAGAGAAGUUGACGAGAGUGAAGAAAAUGAUGGAGGAAGCUUCUCGACCUUUCUAGGUUGAUAUUUUACUCAAUCAAUCAUGCAUCGCAAAAUCUGUGAAUUUUUUUAGGGUUUCUAUCAUGUUGUAUAUCAUGAACAUGUUAUUAAGCAUUUUUUGCAUAAAACGUUCGGCUUAUACUA